GGGGCCGGGGCCUCGCCCACUCCCCUAUAAAAGCUGCAGAGGCAGGACAAAGCUGAUGCCCGCUGAGUUAGGAGUAGGAUGUUUGUGCUCAACGCGUACUCGGCGCCGCCCGAGGCACGGCGGCUCUACCUCGAGUGAGAACCGGGGCGCGGGCCGCAAAGUGCUUAUACGUGUAUGCGGUGUCACUGGCCGGACUCGGAGGGCGCCAGACACAUCGUCGGAAACGGGUUAUUACCUACGUGGGGUGGAAAUGCUCGCUGCAAAUAGUCUGCUUUUGGAAAACCUGGAAUCAGCUCUGGUUAGGUCCACGUUUUUUAACCCCUUAAAGAGUAGCCCCUACUCGGCUUCGAGUAUAGAGACAGGGCCACGCCUGGGGCUGUGCUCACUGGGGUCCCCCGAUGCCCUCCUCACCGGGACCCCGGGGCUGGCCGCGUGACCGUGAGGACGCGCCUUCGUUGGACCGCAGCGCCCUCUUCACUGCGGCCUCAGACUAAAUCCUGCCGUGCAGACGACCCCAUAGGCACUGGCUUCUUGCUGCCCCGCCAACAUACCCAGUUACGCCAACUCCCCCCACACUUUCUUAAGAAAACAUAGCUACAUUAUGGAAACGUUGUAACGUGGAGACAUUUCUCUCCCUGUGAUACUCCUAGUGAAGGGCUCUGUUGUGCGGCCUCUCCAGCCCCCUCCCCUGGGGAGGCACAGGAUGAAGCCCAAAGCCCCGCCUGACCCCACCCAACUGGACCAGGGACCCCCCACCGCCAGCGUCCAGCAUCGGGCGGCAGAUGCGCAUGGGGCAUCUGUGGGCAUCAAAGGGACAGAUGGCGCUGCCCUCCCAGAGCUGUGCUCCAGGACAGGGCAAGCCCAACAGAAUGUGCAGACUGGCGACAUCCUUGCAAACAGUAACGUGAUUGCAGUUGUCACAGCUUCUGUGAUGCAAAUGAAAUGAGGCCGGUGGAGAGGAGCACAGGCCGCCCAGGGUGAAAGAUGACCUGGCUGUACGAGAGAAGGACAAGGGGCUUGUCCUCUGGAGGCCACGCUCCAGGUGGGGAGGCAGUGGAGGGUUAGAUCCUGUCCAGGGAGUGAGAAGCGGCCACCUUGCCCACGACCCAGGCCUGGGCCAGCAGAGUCCUGCCCCUCCCCCCGGCUUUUCCAGAACUGUCCCCGCUCAGCAGCCCCUGCCGCCCUGGUCUGCUCCCACGCUCUCCCUGCCCACGCCCGCUACUGCGGGUCCUCCUCGCAGGACCGAAGGCAGGGCCGCAGAGGGCUGGGUCCGGGCGCCUGCACCGCCUCCGCCGUGACACUUGGCCACCCAAACUGUGUCCCUGUGAGAGUUCACGCCAGGGCAGGAAGUGCCCUGGACAACGUGGGACAGAAGGACGCACAGCCCCAGUUCCGUCUCCGUUUGACUGGUUGAAUUAAUGGCGUUGUUUUCUGAAAUACUGACUCUUUGGUUUUAUGGAACCGGCACUCGUUCUAAAAGUUCCAUCAACGACAAAGAAGGAGGCGUCGGGAGCCCUGAAGUUACACGGACACGAAUGUGACCAGUGGGGGCACUGGUGAACAGCGUCCGGAACCUGCAGGCACUCGCGCUCCGUCCGUCUGUCCCAUGAGUCUGUGCGCACACCUGCACGUGGGACUGGCCGAGCAGCAGGCGGCAGAGGGGUGGGCGAGUGCGCAGACCAGAGGCUUCCGCCGGGACAGACUCACUGUCGCUGUUCCACAGCAACAAGACCACGUUCCACGUGGCUUCAGAGGAACGUGUACGUUUUACUUGGACCCCAAGUUACUGUGCAAACAAUGUCUGGGUGCAGCGCGGCCACACCCCGACCACCAGGGCCGCGCCUCGAACACCCACCAGGCCGGGGUGGGGGCGGCUGCUGCCCCCUGUCUUCUCACAGCACCGCAGCUGAAAUUCCGCGGCACACCAAAAACGUGUUCUUUUUGCCAAUCUGACCAGAAGAUGGGUAUAAUUUUGCUUGAUUUACAAAAAGUAAGGACAGUAAUUACCCACCCUUUUUGCUCCAAGGGGACUUUUUAAAAAUCAGGAGCCUGUACUCGUACAGAAGGAUUUCUGCUACCGAGAAUGAACCAGUCGGGCCCCACCUUGUGAUGUCCUGUGCCCAGUGAGAUGCAGCGCUUACCGUGUGACCGGGACGGCCGCCCACACCGCAUUGCUAUUGUGUUGGCCAUCGUCAUUCUUUGUUCUGUUUUGUUUUGUUUUAAUCCUCACCCAAGGUCUUCGUUUCGUGAACUUUGAGUUUUGGAGCAAGUCACACGGCGUGAAACAGUCUUCAGGUGGCCUCGGCGCUGGCUGGGCUGCUCUUCCUGUCCAGCCCUGUCCCGCCGCCGCCAGGACCCUGCAAAGGAGGCUGCACCACCUGGCCCGGGGGAGGGGGCUCCGGGUCCCCUUCCACCGCAAGCAGUCCCUGCGCAGACGGACGUGAGCGUCUCCCGGGCCCGCAGGCAUGGCGGGACUGCGCCGCACCGAGUCCACGCUGGCAGCCCUGGACGAGGAGACGCUGUGGGACAUGACCGAGAGCCACCGCUGCAGGAUCGUGCGCAGCAUCUGCCCCAGCCGCCUCACGCCCUACCUGCGCCAGGCCAAGGUGCUGGGGCAGCUGGACGAGGAGGAGGUGCUGCACAGCCCCCGGCUCACCAACAGCGCCAUGAGGGCCGGACACUUGCUGGACUUGCUGAAGACGCGAGGGAAGAACGGGGCCGUCGCCUUCCUGGAGAGCCUCAAGUUCCACAACCCCGACGUCUACACCCUGGUCACUGGGCUGCAGCCGGACGUCGAUGGCAGCAGCUUCAGUGGGCUCAUGGAGACGUCCAAGCUGACCGAGUGCCUGGCUGGGGCCAUCAGCAGCCUGCAGGAGGAGCUGAGCCAGGAGAAGGGGCAGAGGGAGGCCCUGGCGCAGCAGUGCCGGCGGCUGCAGGAGCGCCUGCGCGAGGCCGAGGCCCAGGCUGAGGGCCUGCGGCAGCUGGAGGCGGACCAUGCCCGCAUGAAGCGGGAGGUCAGCGCCCACUUCCACGAGGUGCUGAAGCUGAAGGACGAGAUGCUUGGCCUGGCGCUGCACCACAGCGGCGCGCUGCGGGAGAAGGAGCUGGCCGCCACACGCUGCCGGGCCCUGCAGGAGGAGCUGUACCUGACGCAGCAGGAGCUGCAGCGAGAGAGGCUGGCCGCCUCCUGCGAGCGGGAGUUCCGGGAGCGGUCGCUGAGGGCGGCCGACAGCCUGGAGCCCGGAGCUGAGGAGCUGAGCCGCCUGAAGGAGGAGAAUGAGCAACUCCGCUCGCUGACGUUCAGCCUGGCGGAGAGGGACAUUCUGGAGCAGAGCCUGGACGAGGCCCUGGAGAGCAAGCAGGAGCUGGUGGACCGCAUCCACUCUCUGAGGCAGCGGGCGGUGGCCGCUGAGAGGCAGCGGAAGCAGUACUGGGAGGAGAAGGAGCAGACCCUGCUGCAGUUCCAGAAGACCAAGGUGGACUGCGAGAUCUACAAGGAGAAGAUGGCGGCCCUGCAGAGCCAGCUGGCGGAGCUGCAGAAAGAGCGGGACCAGGCCUACUCCGCCCGGGAUGCGGCCCAGGUGGAGAUUUCCCAGAGCCUGACGGAGAAGGACGCCCUCCGCAGGAAGGUGUUCGAGCUGACGGACCAGGUCUGCGACCUGCGCCAGCACCUCCGCAGGCUGCAGGCUGAGUCCUCGAAAGCGCCCACGCAGGAGGCAGGGCCCCGGGAGCCGGGCCAGCGGGGGAAGCAGCGGCUGGUGCGGAUGUUCGCCGUUUGCCCCCGAGAGGACAGUGACCACAGCUGCCUCAGCUCCUCUGAGCUCUGGUCCGACCUGAGCGCCACGUCCAGCCAUGAGCUGGGGGACAGCUUCCGCUCCAGCAGCCCUGUGCCCCCCAGCCAGCUGUCCCUGUAUAAGCGAGCCACGGAGGACUUGCAGGACGAGCCCUGGUCUUUCAGCGACUUCUCGGAGACCCUGGAGGUGGACCGGGGAGCCACCCCGGGACCUCAGGUGGGAGAGGUGGACCUGGACUACGAGAUCGUAGACGGGGCAGACCUUCUGGAGUCCGAGAGCUGCCUGCAGCCCACCUCCAGGGCCCUCUGCGUCUCAGGCAGCGCCCCCGUGCGGCGCAGGCCAGCCCGGAAGAUCCUGAGCCAGGUCACGGUGCUGGCCUUCCAGGGAGACGCGUUGCUGGAGCAGAUCAGCGUCAUCGGCGGGAACCACACGGGCAUCUUCAUCCACCGGGUCACCCCGGGCUCGGCGGCGGACGAGAUGGCCUUGCGCCCAGGCACCCAGAUCAUGAUGGUGGACCACGAGGCCACGGAGCCCUCCUUCAAGGCCGUCCUGGAGGGCACGACGCUGGAGCAGGCCGUCGGCCUCCUGCAGCGGGUGAACGGCUUCUGCUGCCUGUCGGUGAAGGUCAACCUGGAGGGUUAUAAGAAGCUGGUGCGGGACCUGGAGGCCAAGGCGGCCACGUCGGGGGACUCCUUCUACAUCCGAGUCAACCUGACCUUGGAGGGGCGGGCGGAGGGAGAGCUGCAGGCCCACUGCGGCGACGUCCUGCACGUCACCGACACCAUGUUCCAGGGCCGCGGCUGCUGGCACGCCUGCCGCGUGGGGCCCUACAGCACGCAGCACGGCGAGCGAGGCACCAUCCCCAGCUACGCGAGGGCCCAGCAGCUGCUCUUUGCCCUGCUCCGGGAUGUGGCUCAGCAGAGCACCGCCGGACGCAAGGUGAGGCGCAAGCAGACUUCUGGGGGGCCCCAGAAGUUGGUCCGCAUCGUCACUGUGGACAGAACCAAGGCCAGCCCCCCGUGCGCCCCCUCUGACGGAACACAGUCAGUCCCCAGUGGCCUGGGAGACCCCCCCACCGGGAGCUUCUGGGCCGAGAGCUGCAUCACCUUGGCGCCCUACUCGCGGUUGCGCCCCCACCGGCCCCGGCGGCCCCGGCCCGUGCUCUUCGUGCCCAGGCUGCUGGGGAGGAUCCUGAGCGAGAAGCUCUGCCUGCUCCAGGGGUUUCAGAAAUGCCCUGCAGAGUAUUUGAGCCAGGAGGAGUACGUGGCCUGCCACCAGAGAGGAGAUGUCAUCCAGGAGAGCGAGGCCUCUGGGGGCCGCCACUGCGUGACCCGCGCGGCCGUGGAGCUGCUCAUGGAGAAGAACACCCAUGCGCUGCUGGACGGCCGGCUGGACUGUGUGCGUGCCUUGCACGGGGCGGACAUCUUCCCCAUCGUCCUGCACGUCCCCGUCAACGAGAAGGCUGCGAGGAAACUCAGGAAGGCCCUGCAGCGGCUGGGCACCUCAGAGGAGCAGCUCCUGGAGGCCGGCAGGGAGGAGGAGGGCGAGCUGGACCGGGCGCCCGGCCUGCACUGCAGCCUGGCUGCCGACGGCUGGAGUGACCUGGACUCCCUGCUCGGCUGCGUCCGCUUCGCCAUCUCCGACGAGCAGAAGAAGGUCGUGUGGACAGAGCAGAGCCCCCCCUGAGGCCCCGUCCCCUCCUGGGUCUGUGGGGACCUUCGCGUCCUGUCCCUGGAGCUUGGGGCCUCGCAGGCCGGACUUCAGCGCUCACCAGACAGGCCCCCAUCGGCUCCCUCCCUGGAGUCCCACCACGAACCUGGACACUUGCGGGUCCCAGGCGGCGUUCUGACCACCUCUCUGCGUCACCCUGGGCUCAUGCGGUCUGGGCCGGCCACCAUCAACGUUCCCGCAGCCGGAGGCGAGCCCUGUCCGGAUAACUCCCGGUCUGACCACUGCACUUCCCUCUCGGGUUUCAGUGCGGCAAAGGUGGGUGGUGGCCCCAAUGGCCCGUGGCCCUGCCCGGAGCCGACUCCCCUCAGCAACUCGUUCAGAGACUGUCCGCCGGUCAGCACUGUCUCCCAGUGACAGAGACAGUAUUUGCACUGGGUUUGUGCCCAGCCCGGGGACCGUGGGGGCCCUGGAGAAGGCUACACAGAGCCCUCUGUAGGGUGUCCUCCUGAGGUGCAGAACUGCCCCUCUACCCGUCACCCCCACUCUGUCUCAGCCCCCUGGACGCCACCCCAGGUGCCCCUAUCAGGCUGCCGCCUGCCCGUCGUGGGCUGAGGGUCCCCAGGGCGUUGCUCUCAAACUCCAGGCAGCAUGGACGAGCUCAGGAAUGGACUUCGGUGUAUUUUACAAAAUGAGCUUUUACAGUA